GACGUGAACCUUUGUUAGCUGCACGAGACUGUCAUCCCUCCCACAAACAGACUUCAGACUGAUAUUACACACCAGAUGUCUCCAGUGAUACAGAAUGAAAGUCACACUCUUAUCGCCUUCUUUUCUUAAUUCAUAUUUUCAUAACCAGACAAGAUAUUCUUCAUUUCUUUAGAGGUGUUAGACAACCUAAGCGUGCAAAAGCCAUAGCUUAACAGCGGUAGUUCUUUGUUUUAAAGUCGUCUUCCUGUUUGAGAUGAAGAACAAUAAAUAUAGAACGGCUGAGCUUCAACUCUCACAGGACUGAAGGAAACAGGACGAGGACAAUAUGACUGAGUUUUGGUUUUUCUCUUAGAGCUCGUUCAACUGAAAACAUCAUGAAGACGACCGCUGCGUGCUUUCUUAUUUUCAUUCAGCUCUUUGAAGCCCGUGCAGAGCUGAUCUUCACACAUCUGUCAGAGAGUCAGACCCUGCAGCUCUCCUGGUCCCCUCAGCAGGACCACGGCCUCCUGACGGGCCUCCACCUUUACCACCGCAGCGCCCGCAGUCAGACCACCCUGCUGUCGAUGGCCGAGGGCUGCGAGCUCAGGGUCGACCCGAUGCUGGAGGGCCGUCUGCAUCUACGUGGAGGACUCGACUCUCUGCAGGUCAAUGUCACCAUAACACACCUCCAGCCCGCUGAUACAGGGCUGUACAUGUGGGAGCAGAGCCACAGGAAGAAGAAGAACAGCUCUGAGCAGAUCAUCAGCGGAGCGCAGAAGGUUUUCCUGUUGGUGGAAGGGACAGGGCGGUCAUGUCAGUGCUCACCCAGUUACCCUCCUCUGCUCUUCAGCAUCUUCACAGCAGUUGGACUCCUCCUGCUCAUACUCAGCUGGCUCGCUGUGGAGAAAUGUGUGAAGGCGAGACCUCGUCACAGACCUCAACCUUCAGCCCCCAUAUAUGAGGAAAUGACCAGGAAGCAGCAGAGCGCCGGAAUCGCUCAAAAUAACCUGACCCCCCCUUCACACCUGGAGGAAGUCAAUUUCCCCGUGUACGCCAACCCAAACAUUCGACAACAGCAAGACAACUACUACGCCUCCCCCAGACAGCUCGCCCUCCGAGCCUGAGGCAGCCUUUGCCAUCGCACUUCUGGUGACACCUUCACCGCAGAGAUGAUGAAAAAAGAUCUCAGAGCAUAGAUUGUGUAAAAAGAUGGACGUCAUGACAGCAGCUUAGAAGUGAAGCAAAAAUAUUGUGAGCUCAGUUUCUGACUGGCUGCAGAACAGGUCAUAAACUCCGCCUCCUCCAUGAUAACAGAUGGGACAAUGGGUCAAUUAAUUUUUCUCCAGCAUGCUUUCUGUCAUUAAAGUUAUUUCUUAUCAAGCUGAUUUAUGUACAAGGGUUCUUUUAUAUUGAUAAUUUGUUUUAAUUGUCUAUUUGAUGCUAUAUGAAUGGUCAUAGUGCCAUGAUUGACAGCUCUGAUGACAAAUGUGGCUCCUGCGGCGUGCACAGGAUUAGAGUUGACGAUGAAUGAUGACUGGGAUAGAACAUCAGGAAUAAAAGAGUCAUUGAACUUUCAA